GAGUUGUCUCACUAAAAUAUGUGCAUAAUACUCCAGCAACGCCCCAAAACUGCAAAAGGUUGCCGUUGCUAAACGGUAUAUAGAAAAUCAAUACCUAUACAAAGAGAGCAAAUGAAGCUCGAUCGUAGCUCGCCUGAAAACCUCUUCAAAACCCUGUCGGCGAACCCAUCGGCGAUCAUCAAAACAGAGUCCCAAGCCAGGCAGCUGCACGCCCUGAUCGUCAAGACCAGACCUUCCUCUUCCCGGCCAUGUCUGCCCACCCUUCUCCUUUCCAUCUACUCUAAUUUCAACCUCUUACAGGAAUCCCUCUCGCUCUUCCACUCCCUCCCAUCUCCGGCGCCGCACAAAGCCUGGAAAUCCAUCGUCAAAUGCUACGCCUCCAAUGGCUUCUUCUUCGAAUCUUUGCGUUCUUUUGUCCAGAUGCUAGCUUCUGGGAAGUGCCCGGACCGGAACGUGUUCCCUUCCGUGCUUAAAUCUUGCACGGGUUUGCGGGAUUUGAGGCUCGGCGAGUCUGUUCAUGGGUAUGUUGUGAGGCGUGGGCUGGAAUGCGAUCUUUUUACUGCGAAUGCUCUCAUGAAUAUGUAUGCCAAGUUGCAGUGCUUGGAUGACCUCAACUUGUUCGAUGAAAUUCCACAGAGAAAGAAAAUUGAUGCACCUGAGAAUGUUUUCCGGGGGACAUUUGAAUUGGCUCGUGAUUCGAAGAGUAUUGAUCGAGAACCUAGGUUGGAUCUUACUAACAGAGAUGGAGAGAGGAGAGUGGGUAAAUGUUUGAAAGUGGAUAGUGUUAGGAAAUUGUUUGAGAUGAUGCCGAAUAGGGAUAUGGUUACUUGGAACACAGUCAUUGGGGGUAAUGUACAAGGUGGGAUGCAUGAUGAAGCUCUAGAGAUGGUUAGGGAGAUGGGGAAUUCCAAUUUGAAGCCCAAUAGUUUCACUUUGUCCAGUAUCCUUCCUAUCUUUGCUGAGCAUGUGGACAUUUUGAAAGGAAAGGAAAUUCACGGUUAUGCAAUCAGGCAUGGGUUUGAUAAAGAUGUGUUUAUUGGGAGUAGUUUGAUUGAUAUGUACGCGAAUUGCACCCUAGUGGAAGAUUCGUACCAGGUUUUCUGCUCGUUAGAUGAAAAGGAUGAUGUUUCUUGGAAUUCAAUUAUUUCAGGAUUUGUUCAAAAUGGUAGGUUUGAUGAAGGGCUGAAGCUGUUCAGGGAGAUGCUAGCUGCUAAUCAAAGGCCUCUACCAGUUUCUUUCUCAAGUAUAAUGCCGGCAUGUGCUCAUUUGACAACACUCCAUUUGGGAAAGCAACUCCAUGGACACAUAACUAGAACCGGAUUUGUUGAUAACAUGUACAUAUCUAGCUCACUGGUGGACAUGUAUGCAAAAUGUGGGAAAAUUGAGACUGCUCGGUCGGUUUUUGAUGAUAUGGUUGCAUGUGAUUCGGUCUCUUGGACAUCCAUGAUCAUGGGGUAUGCACUGCAAGGACAUGCACAUGAUGCCAUCCUUUUAUUUGAGAAGAUGCAAAUGGAAGGAGUGAAGCCUAACUCUGUCGCCUAUGUAGCUGUUCUUACUGCUUGCAGCCAUGCUGGUUUGAUAGACGAGGGCUGGAAACAUUUCACAACUAUGAGCCAAAAAUAUGGGAUUUCCCCUGGGCUCGAGCACUAUGCUGCUGUUGCGGACCUAUUUGGCCGAGCUGGAAGGCUAAUGGAAGCGUAUGAAUUCAUCUCUAACAUGCCUAUUAAGCCAACAGGGAGUGUUUGGUCCACUCUUCUGUCAGCUUGCCGGGUUCACAAGAAUGUUGACCUUGCUGAAAAGGUCGCCAUUGAAAUGACCAAAGUCGAUCCUGAAAAUAUGGGUCCCUACGUACUCUUGUCAAACAUGUAUUCUGUAGCAGGACGAUGGAAAGAUGCAUUGAAACUUAGAAUUCGUAUGAAAAAGAAAGGAAUGAGAAAGACACCAGCUUGCAGCUGGGUUGAGGUUAAGAACAAGGUACAUGCUUUUGUCUCUGGGGACAAAUCUCAUCCCCAAUAUAAUCAGAUAGAAAUGGCAUUGAGAGAGAUUUCAGAACGGUUGAAGUUAGAAGGAUAUGUUCCUGGGACGAGCGAGGCCUUGCAUGAUGUUGAUGAGGAACAGAAACAUGAUUUGUUUUUUGCUCACAGCGAACGAAUUGCCAUAGCAUUUGCGAUUAUUAACACACCAGCAGGAACAGCAAUCCGGGUGACAAAGAAUCUUAGGGUAUGUGUGGACUGUCACACAGCCACUAAGUUCAUAUCCAAGGUUAUGGGGAGAGAGAUAAUUGUUAGAGACAAUAACAGAUAUCACCAUUUCAAAGACGGGGCUUGUUCGUGUGGAGACUAUUGGUGAAGACAAGUACAUCUAAUCACGGAGUACAUUGAAAUGAGAAUUAUGGGUAUGUUUGGUUUGGUUACGGUUACUCAACCUCCCCUUCAAGAGUUCAAGAACAAUUUGGGCUUUUUUUGUUCGAAACCUGGCUGGGGCUUUGACUUCAGCAGGUUGAGAAAGUAUCUAUGAACACGUACUACGUUAUAAUAGAGUCAAUAGUAUACAAAAAUGCUGUAUAACUCAUAUCUGGCCAUCUGGGAAGCUUCAAUGGAAAAUAAUGAAAGCUGGGAAACUCA